UAUACUUAAUCACGAUGUACCGUACAUUUAUUCCUGUGUAAUUCCUAAAUCGAAUUUUUUUUAGAACCCGGCAGGUUUUACGAAUAUUAACAUAAUUUUUACCUGUUGUAAACCUAUCACUUGUUUCGUAUUGUUUAUAAUAUUGUCUUAGUCGUUUAAAUACCGUGAAAUUAUGUAUUCCAUAGCAUUUCGCUCAUGUAAAGCUUCUCAUUUGAAAAGAUUUUUCAACCAAGUAAACAUCCAUCAACAUGUUUUUGCUGCAACUGUCUCUCACAAACACUUUUCUACCGAGUCAAAGAUCAACAAUUCAAAUGUUCCAACCAAUGACCCUGGUGAAUGGAAAAACGUCUACAAAGGAAUGCUGGCUCCGCGUAUCCGUAAUUUGAAAAUCGUAUCGUUUGUAACCAGUGGAAUGGGACUCUUAAUCCAACCGUUGUUACUGCAAAAAGCUUCAGAAAUGGGCAGUAGUUUAGUGGCCACUAUUGGUAUAUGCACCAUUACCGGAUUUUUUACAUUUAUUACGCCAGUACUUAUACAUUUGGUGACCAGAAAAUAUGUGACAUCUGUUGAAUACAAUGAAAAAAAUGAUGAGUACAUGGCUACUGUGAUUUCCUUCUUUUUAAAACCUAAACAGGUGCAAUUUAAAAUCUUUGAAGUAAGAUUACCUUUGACACAAAAAUUAACUGUUACUUUUUAUGCAAAAGAAACUCCACUUUUUGUUGAUCCUCAAGCAUUUGAUGAUGUAACACAUUAUCAACGUAUAUUGGGUUAUGAUAAACCUUUUGAAUUUGAGAAAAACGCUGUUAAUGAUUAUAAAAAGCCUGUAGUUAAGCCUGUUAAUAAGGUUUAAGUAUUUGGAUUUUCAUUUUA